GGAGAUGGUGAGCUCGGCCGAGUUGGUACCCGGAGACGUGAUUCUUCUCCCCGAGCAGGAGGUGGCGCUGCCGUGCGAUGCCGUGCUCCUCUCCGGCAGCGUGGUGGUCAACGAGAGCAUGCUGACAGGGGAGAGCGUCCCGGUGUCUAAGACCCCCCUCCCUGAGCUCUGCGAUGAAGACACUCUUCACACCCCCAUCUUCCGCCUGCAGGACUAUCGGCGCCACGUGCUGUUCUGUGGGACCCUCACCCUCCGAGUCCGGCCUGACCAGGGGCAGGUCCGGGCGGUCGUCAUCCGCACCGGCUUCCUCACCACCAAGGGGCAGCUGGUCAGGUCUAUCCUCUUCCCCAAACCCGUUGACUUCAAGCUGUUCCGGGACGCCAGGCGUUUCGUCGCCUGCCUGGUGCUCGCUGCUGUACUGGGCUGCAUCUACACCGUCGUCAUCAGCUCCCUCCGCAGGGAGCCCAUCGUGGAGAUCGUACUGAAGACUCUGGACGUGGUGACCAUUGUGGUCCCGCCAGCGCUGCCGGCCGUGGUGACGGUGGGUGUUGUCUAUGCCCAGCGACGCCUGAGGAGACGAGGAGUCCACUGCAUCAGCCCCCAUCGCAUCAACCUAUGUGGCCAGCUUGACCUCGUCUGCUUCGACAAGACAGGGACCCUGACGGAGAGUGGGAUGAAUCUGUACACCGUCGUCCCGGCUAAAAAUAAGAGCUUCCUGUACAGCGACAGCGAGCUGACGGCACAGGCGCUGAAGGAGGAGGAGGAGGUUUUGGCUGCCAUGGCGACCUGUCACUCACUGACCCUCACCUCGUCCCACAGCUCCCUACAGGGAGAGCCCCUCGAUCUCGCCCUCUUCCGGGCCACCAACUGGAUCCUGGAGGAGAUGGUCUCAGGACGACCAGACCCACCCCAGCCGCUGCUCGUCGUCAGGCCCACCCGGCUGCCCCAGCCCAAGGACAGCUCCACUCGGCUGAUCUGCCGUUUCCGCUCAGGCAUCGGGAUUCUUCGCCAGUUCCCCUUCUCCUCGUCUCUGCAGCGGAUGACCGUCAUCGCCAAGGACCUGGACCACCAGCGGCUGGUGGCCUAUUGCAAGGGAGCCCCGGAGACGGUGGUGAAUCUGUGCUCCCCGGACUCGGUUCCGGAUGAUUUCCAGGCGGUGAUGGAGAGUUUCACGCAGCGCGGUUACCAGGUUAUCGGCCUGGCCUUCCGCAAUUUCACCAACUCUCUCCAGGAAGCUGACAUCAAAAGUGUAAAGAGGAUAUUUGUGGAGCAAGACAUGACCUUCGCUGGGCUGGUGGUCCUGGAAAACCGGCUGAAGAAGGUCACCUCGUCCGUCUUCAGGGAGCUCCUCGAGGCCAAAAUCCGGCUCGUCAUGGUUACAGGAGACAGCACACUGACCGCCGUCCAGGCAGCCAGGGAGUCUGGGAUGAUUGGGAAUGCGGAGAAGGUGAUCCGAGUGAAGGCAAAAUCACCCACGGCCACCUCCCGGGCCUCCGUCAGCUGGAACAGCGUCAGGGAGCCGCAGUCUGAACAGGAAGCCCCUCUCUCUGGCAAUGAGCGGGAGGAAGACAACUCAAGGAUCCAUCUCGUUAUCGAUGGGCCGUCGUUGGCCGUGAUCGAAGAUCAGUUCCCUGAGUUGCUGCCCAAGGUCACUCUGUACGGGACCGUAUUUGCAAGGAUGUCCCCUGACAUGAAGACCAAGCUGAUCAAAUCUCUGCAAAGCCUCGAGUGCCACAGCUACGUCGUGGGUAUGUGCGGAGACGGGGCCAAUGACUGUGGGGCGCUGAAGACAGCCCACGUGGGAAUAUCGCUGUCCCAGCUGGAGGCAUCUGUGGCCUCCCCGUUCACCUCCAAGCUGCCCACGAUCGAAUGUGUGCCUAUCCUGAUAAAGGAAGGCCGUGCUGCUCUCGUGACCUCUUUCUGUGCCUUCAAGUACAUGGCCCUCUACAGUAUGAUCCAGUACGUCAGUGUGCUUAUCCUGUACUAUAUCUCCAGUAACCUGGGUAACUGGGAAUUCUUGUACGAGGAUCUCUUCAUCACGAGUGCCAUCGCCAUCUCGAUGAGCAGAAACCAGGCUUACGAGCAUCUGGUUCCACAGCGUCCCAACGCCAGCCUCGUAUCACCACAGAUCCUCGUGUCCGUCCUGAUGCACAUUGGAAUCUGCACCGCUUUCCAGCUGACGGGCUUCCAGCUCGUCCAGGUCCAGCCUUGGUAUAACUCCUGGGAGCAGGGAGCACAGGCCUGUGUGUCCAAUGAUACAUUUUAUGGAGCUCCAGCCCCACAGAGACACAACAGCAGUGGGGUUUACUUCAGCCUUCAGUGGAAAAUCAGCAACUACAUCAACACCACCAUUUUCUUCGUGUCUGUUUUUCAGUACAUCACCAUCGCCUUCGUCUUCUCCAUCGGCAAACCCUUCCGCAAGCCCAUUUCCACCAACUAUUUGUUCCUGGCUGUUCUUAUCACCCUUUACCUUUUCACCCUCUUCCUGAUGCUCUUUCCCAGUAGGAGCCUCGACUCGUUUUUUGAGUUUGUGUGCGUACCCUACAUCUGGAGAAUCUACAUCUUGCUCAUGGUCAUUGCUCAUUUCGUAUUGUCCGUCCUCCUGGAGGAGAUGGUGACCAACAACCACCGCCUGUGGGACUGGCUGAGCCGUGUGUACCGUCCGUCUGCCUCGCCGCCGAGGCACAGGAAACUACACCAGGAGCUGCAGAGUGACCCUUCCUGGCCUCCGCUCUCCGCCUCUGAAUGACACACGGGCAAGGCAUGGCAGCAGAGGCUGACAUUACUGAUUUACAAUUAAAUGGU